UGCCUUUCUCCCACCACCGGCGCCGUAGCUUGCUUUUAGUUAGUUACCUUCUCGAUCUGCUGCCCUCUUUCCAUCGUCUUUGCCUUCCACGGCACACAGGUCCUUCCUUGUACUCACUACUCAGGCCUCUUCUUUUCUGAGGGCCAUGGAGAAGGCGCGGCGGCGGCACGUGCCGGCGUUCGGGGAGUGGAACUACUACUACUCCUCCUCCUCGUCAACCUCCCCGGACUCCGCGCCCGCCGCGGCCGAGCCCUGCUGGUGGUACGCGCCGGAGCCGGAGGCCCGCAGCGAGGCCUGGUUCAGGUACUCCCCGCCCCCCCGCCGCAGGCCGGCGCCGGUGCCGGCUUCCAAGAAGGCGCGGCGGCCCGAGACCGCGGGCGGCGGCGGAGGAGCCGUCGCCGCCGCCGUAGCUGCGGAGCGCAAGAGGGCGGCGGCGCCCAAGGGAUCCGGCCGCAGGGUGGUGGUUGUCAGGCCCGUCGACGAGGACCUUUACCGCGUGCCGCCGCCGGACGACAACGACGGCGCCGCCGCUGUCUCCCGCCUUCCCAGACGCCGGAAGCGUGCGGCGAGGAGGAGCUUGUGGAUGGGUUGCUUGGGCCUCAACUGCGUGGCCUGAAGCCUGAAGCCAGUAGUAGUAGUACGUAGGUUUUACAAGGUGCAUUCGGGCGGCUAAUUAAGCUCAGUAGUACUACUGAUUAGUUAAGCUGUAUACGUAUAGUAAGUAUGUCGUGCCGUGCGUAUGGGAUCUGGGCAAGUUGUACUAGUACUAGUAGUUAGUGGUAGAGUCAGGGUGCUCUUCACAUUUUCCAUGUUUCGUGUUCGUCGUUAGCUUAGACCACUCGCACUGUACUGUGUGCCAUACCGAUUGCUGUAUAAGGCAGCACGGAGCAGAUUAGAGGACCCAGCAGCAGUUGUUGUGCCAGCCAAGAAUUAGAGUAGUACCGGUCAAAUUCAACAGGGCCCAGUAGAUGUUGCAGCAUCUCUUGUCUCUCUGGGUUUACCGAAACUAAAACACUGCCUUAGUUUUCAGCCGCUUCAGAUGUUUGUACUCAUGUACUGACAAGUAUGUUGCCAUAAGCAUGCAGAACAAAUAUAUUAUAUAUUUAUAUAGAGAGAGAGCUAUCCUGUUGGUAGCCUUCGCACGUACUGACGUACACGUACUGCUGGUAGCCUUCGCACGUCCUGAUCAUUCUGAACUGACAUAAAUAUAUAUAUUGAUCUUUAUC